AUGUGCAGCGAUUUAUCUGAAGAAGGCAAGGUUAGUACAACUAUAAAUUCCAAAGCUUGUGAAGAUUGGGAGAAAAAGCAGGCUGAAAAAGCCGCAGUAAUUAUCAAGCCCUGCCAUAUUUCUAUCUUUAUAGAAGGUGUUGUACAAAUGAGUGAAAGAAAAAGGAUUUUGAUGUAGAAGCGAGAGUAAUCUAUGAACAGAUUCCUUUCACCGCGUGGAUGCAGGAGUUUCUCUAGCGGGAAAGAUUUACUCUUUGAAUCGAAUAAGUAUUUAACCGAGCUGCUGAAAUCGGGCCGAAUUGAUGAUGCAAGGAAACUGUUCGGUGAAAUGCCUCACAGAGAUGAGGUCACGUGGAACGCGAUGAUAGCUGGCUACGGGAAUUCAGGGAGGCUCGCUGAUGCACGGAAACUGUUUGAUGAAGCUCCCAAACGCAGUGCAAUCACGUGGUCAUCACUUGUUUCGGGUUACUGCAAAAUGGGUUGCGAGGUCGAGAGUUUUAAGUUGAUAUACGAAAUGCAGCUCGAUGGAUUCAAGCCUCGUCAUUUCACUCUAGGUGGUGUGCUGAGGAUGUGUUCUAUAAAGGGUCUCAUCUCAAGAGGCAAGCAGAUUCAUGGUUAUGCGGUGAAGACUCGAUUGGAUAUGGAUCAUUUCGUUGUCACCGGCCUGAUUGAUGUUUAUGCAAAGUGUUUGUGCAUUGUGGAGGCCGAGGAUCUCUUCGAGAGCAUGCCUGGAGAUAGAAAUCACGUCACUUGGACUGCGAUGAUCACGGGGUAUUCUCAGAACGGUGAUGCUGAUGGAGCAAUGCGGUGUUUUAGGGGAAUGCAGGCAGAAGGGGUUGAGGCUAACCAGUACACUUUCCCGGGAGUGUUAGUGGUGUGUGCAGCUGUUUCUGAUAUUAGAUACGGGGUGCAGGUGCAUUCUUGCAUUGUUCGUGGUGGUUUUGAGGCUAAUGUGUUCGUGCAGAGCGCCUUGAUUGAUAUGUACACGAAAUGUGGGGAUCUGAGUAGCGCUUGGAGGGUGGUGGAGGCGAUGGAGGUUGAUGAUUUGAUUUCUUGUAACGCAAUGAUUGUUGGAUGCGUGAGACAGGGUUGUCCCGAGCAAGCUUUGGCUUUGUUUCUGAUGAUGCAUCAAAAAAGCAUGAAACUUGAUGAGUUUACCUAUCCCUCUGUGUUAAACUCUGUUUCCUUGUUGAAGGAUGUGAGUACUGGGAAGAUUGUGCAUUCUUUGGUUGUGAAAUCUGGCUUUGAAGCUUAUACGCUCGUGAGCAACGCGCUCAUUGAUAUGUAUGCUAAACAGAACAACUUCGAUCAUGCAUUAAGACUGUUUGAUGAAUUGGUGGAGAAGGAUGUGAUCUCAUGGACUUCCCUCAUCACUGGCUGUGCUCAUAACAGUCUAUAUGAAGAUUCCCUUAAGUUGUUUUGUCGAAUGCGUAGAGAUGGGAUGGCCUCUGAUCGCGUUCUUGCUUCUACUGUCAUGAGUUCUUGUGCUGAAUUGGCUUUGCUAGAUUUAGGGCAGCAAGCUCAUGCGAAUUGUGUGAAAUCUGGGCUUGAUGAUUCGCCUUCAGUUGAUAACUCCCUCAUCUCAUUUUAUGCUCACUGUGGGUGUUUGGAAGAUGCAAAGAGGGUGUUCGACUUACUGAGAACACGAAAUGUGGUUUCUUGGACUGCAUUGAUUGUUGGUUACGCGCAAAAUGGCGAAGGGAUCAAGUCCCUCCAGCUCUACGACGAAAUGAGGGCUGCUGGCAUUGAGCCCGACUACAUCACUUUCAUAGGAUUGCUGUUUGCGUGCAGCCAUGCGGGUCUGGCUGAACAGGGCCAACGCUACUUCGAGUCCAUGGUUAGGGAUCACGGGAUAAGGCCUGGCCACGAUCACUAUGCUUGCAUGAUCGAUCUUCUGGGAAGAUCAGGGAGAUUCGACAAAGCAGAGAAGCUGCUAAGUGAAAUGGAAUUCGAGGCCGAUUCAACUAUGUGGAAAUCUCUGCUCUCUGCCUGCAGAAAACAUGGAAAUCUUGAUCUUGCAAAGAGAGCAGCAGCAGCUCUGAUUGAACUAGAACCUCAUGAUCCUGUGGCCUAUGUGUUGCUUUCAAACAUGUAUUCUGCAGCUGGGGAGUGGGAAGAAGCUGCUUCGACCCGAAGCUCGAUGAAAGUGAAGGGCGUGGUGAAAGAACCUGGCCGGAGCUGGGUGGAGAUGAAUGGCAGGGUGCACACCUUCACCUCCGAUGACCGGAACCAUCUAGAAGCAGGUGCGAUCUACUCGAAGGUCGAUGAGGUGUUGAUGUUGAUCAAGGCAGCGGGCUAUGUUCCCGAUAUGAGCUUUGCCCUUCACGACAUCAAUGAGGAGGGAAAAAUGCACGGCCUCGCCUACCACAGCGAGAAGCUGGCACUGGCGUUCUGCCUCCUCAAGCUGACCGAGGGUGUGCCUGUUCGGAUUUACAAGAAUGUCCGGGUCUGCGGUGACUGCCAUUCUGCAAUGAGGUUCGCGUCUCUGGUUUAUCGACGGCAUAUUGUUCUUAGAGAUUCGAAUCGGUUUCAUCAUUUUAAAGGAGGGGUGUGUUCUUGCAAUGACUACUGGUAGAGUUUUUUCCCUCUUCUUCUAAGUAUUUGACGCUGAUGGACGUUGUGGUUGACGUGAUGCUGCCGUUUGGAUUUGCGGAAGCAAUGGUAACGGAACGUGUGAAGAAGCUGCUCAAGGAAUAUGGUGGAGUUGAAGGAUGGCCAUUCACUGAGGAUCGUCAUAUUUGGUUGAGUCCCUUCUUGAAAAUAUGAUGGCGAGCAACUCAAACUCGAAGACGAAGGUGCGCAGAAUGGACUAUUGGAGGUAUAACCAAUAUUACAAGCAUUUCUUUUCCUAACCAUGAUCUGCUCAAAAUUUGUUUAUGCAGUAACUGAGUUUGUAGAGUAGCAUUUACACAGUUGAAGGUUUUACCAGUUUGUGCUCUUUGGAGUCCCAUGAAGAUUCACCUGUUUUCUACUUUUGCCUCUACUUUAUAAUGUACCCUAAUGAAUUAGGUCCAUUUUCACUUGGUAUGAGUGUUCACUCGAACCUGGCUGCAGCCGAGCGUUUGAUGCUCAAGAAGACGUGGUUCCAUCAGAUAUCGUGGAGCCCCUCACAGAAGCAGUUGCAGAGGUUACACCACUCCCAUCUUCAUCACCAUUCACCACCUCGAGCCACUCUGCAUCAAAGGCCACGGGGGGAGAGAGCCACUCUGAAUGUGAGCACAUGGACGGAGAAACGCAGGUCAAGAUGAGAUGUCAAGUCCCGCGGGCAACCUUGGAAAUCGACAAUAACAUCAAAUUUUUAUUUUUGGAUAAUCUUUUAAUUUCCUGAUUUUAGUAUAAUUCUUUUUGUCCGCUAUUAAACAUCCUAUUUUGUUUGGCACAAAUUUUAAUUUUAUAAAAUAUCAAAGCAAAUGAAAAGAAAAUA